AUGGAACAGAACGGGUGGAAAAUACAAGACCAGUACUCUUCUGGGGAAUAUCUCAGUUGUCAGAGUAACAAUAUAGGCAGUGGUAUACUGAUUGGUAGAAGCAUACCAGGUUCCAUUACUUAUGCAGAUCAUGUCCAUUUUCAGAGUAAUUGUUACGCCUAUCAUCCUUUAUAUAUGACCGGAAGUAUAAGAGGAUUUACUUCGGGAUAUAUCGAUCUAGUUGCUAAUGACUGGGAUAAGUUCAUUCAUGAUAACAAGGCGUAUGGCGGUGGAUACCAAUACGGUAUAUAUCCAUUAAUAAUGCUGCUGACGGCUAAUUUCGUGAUUAUAAUCUCACUCACUGUACUGGUUUUCAUAAAUACGAGGGAUAAGCCUCAUGUACAUGUUUCCAGGUUAAUGAAAUGUGGUUCAUUGGCAACGUCAAUUAAUAUAUCAUACAGUUUAACCAGAAUUUUGUCUAUUGUAAGAGAUCAAUAUGUUCGAUAUGGUAUAUGCAAUCCGAACGACAUCAUUUCUUUCUUUUCUAAAGAUGCAGCAUUCGUUACACUAGCUUUUCUGUCGACAGUACUCUUCCAACUAUGCCAAGUUUUUAUUGUAGCGAGAACGUUUGAAAGAAACCAAGAGAAAAGAGUAAUAUUUUUCGUAGGUACAUUUUUGGCUCUAUUAGCCAAUAUAUUUUGGCUUAUACCACAUUAUUAUUCUGUGACCCACACAAAUAGCACACUAGAAUUAUUACCACCUUUUGCUUACCUCUUUAGAAUAUGCAUAGCUUCGUCUUAUGCAUGCUUUAUAAUAGGACAAGUGUUGAAUAAACAUAAAUUGAGCUUUAGUUCAUUCCAGCUCUCAUUUUUAACAAUACUAGCAUUAUUAGUUGUUCUUCUGUUGCCGGGGUUUUUUAUUGCUGAUGUAGCAAAUGCCUGGAUUUCAGAAUUAGAUGAGGUUUUUGCCGCAACUUGUUACAUCUCUUCUAGUUUUGUUGUUUGGGAAUGGCUGGAUAGAUUGACCAUACUGGAAAGAAAAGAACAAGCACAAAGUAUUUUAGGGAGACCAAUUUAUGAAGACGAACAACAAGGUUAUACUUUUGCUAAAUAUGCUUUGAGAGUUCAAAAUGCUUUAGUGAGGGCAGAAACUGCUACUGAUAUUGAAAGUGGUUCAAACAGUACGGACAACGACAGUGAAUAUCUAAUGGCGAAUUACAAUUCAAAUGAUUCAUCCAUUGACAUUGAUCUCAUAAAACUGAAAUCAAAAGACUCCAUGUGGCGAGGCAAUGCUAUCGAGAACCAGCACGACGAAGGAAGACAUUAUCCAGAUCUGGUACACUCAAGUGAUGAUCUAACUAGUAUAGAUAAAGUUGAAUUCAAUACCCAGAAAACAUACAAAGAUAUGGCCAAUGAAAGAAUCAAUAAUUUUGUGACAAGAGUUUUGGAUUUUACAGAUCGUAUUAUUGUAAAUAAAAUUGCAAGUCAAUCUCUCAGCUUCAGUUCCAGGAGCAGCAAGAAUUCAAAGAAGAAAAAGAAAAAUAUAAUGAAAAAAAGACUUGGUUUAGAUAAAUCAAAUGACGUUUUUGUUUAUUCUACCAAAGAAGUUGUAUUUGAAUCAGACGAUGAGGAAGAGGAGGGGAAUUUGGAGUAA